CGAAGUUGAACUAUAUCUAGAAUUAACUUAGGCCUCGGCAAGUAGCGAUCUAUCAUCAGUAGUAGUGCAUACAAUACAAUAUAGAGAUCAGGCUUGGCGGCAACUUUAUUUUUCUAAUCAUCAUGUUACAAUUAGUAAUGCCGUGUGUAGAUUGACGACUGGGGAUGACCCCCCCCCCCCCAACAAAAAAAUCCUAAAACUUCCCACACGUUCAGUUGCAAAUACGAAAAAGGGGUGGGGCCUGAUCGACACCUUGACACAUCUGGUGGCGCUGUUCAAAAAGCUGCGCGCAAGAUCGGCAUACAACUUACAGAUGUUCCCGCUACGCUUUGAAUGAGGUGAAUGUAUCAAAAUCAAUUUUUAUGGAUUGUUUUAUUUACCGUGGCAAGCAACAGCCAAGUGCUCUGAACUUCGCAGCCUAUUUUUUUCGCAGAACAGUCACGCCCCCAUUUGACAGGACAGGUUAUCAGUCCAUUAAAAUAUUGUAGGAUUGUCGCCUCUUGAGGGCGCCUGGGGUGGAAAUUUGUAGAAGCUGAACUUUUCCAGAAUUGAACAAACGGUGAGCAGAAUUUGAGCUCACACGCACGAGCGAGCUUGACAUGUAAUUCAUGCUGAGAAUUGUACCUUCCAAUCCGGAGGAUGUUCAUGUGUAUUAUUUCUGCACGACACUGCCAGUUUGUGGCGACUAUGGCAUUCGUCCGACGUUUUUGUACAUCGGAUCUUGGCCAACACCAGGUCUCAAAACUCACACCUAGAGGGUCCACAUGCUCAUCACACUUCUCCUGCAAUGCCCUAAUCAACCCUGCCAUCUCCAUCGGCCAAGGACGUCAUAUGUACCUGCGACACAUCUAUCGUAGCAAACCCAGACUGACAGCAAUCUGCACCAAUGUGGGGACCCAUUCAGAGAGCCACACCUACAGAUGGGCUUCAAGGUCAGCUUCUAGUGGAGGUAGAUCACAAUCUUUGCACUGGGAUCGAAGGGAGACAUCUCUGAUGUGCUUGAAAGACUCCGCCCGUUGUUGCUCCGCAGGGCCCCGCCCGUCAGACUUCUCGUCUCAUCAAGAGGAAAGUUCUGCAGCAAACAUUGGUGAAAGCAAAGACACAGAGAACCGAGAGCCUCCUGUGCUGUUUUCCAUUGAGAGAGGCACCAUCACUCACGUCUUAUCCUUGUUGACGUCUUCACUGCCUGUCCAGGAUGGCAUUAAGGACAUCACUGCGACCCUAUGCAGGCUGUCAGCUACCAUGCACAUCCAGAGCGUCUACGAGACUGCAGCCAUACCCUGGGAUGCCGCGUGCAGCGAUGACAUCAUCAUUCGCAAUAACCAGCCAAUCAAGCGUCAUGGAACUGAUGACAUCAUAGCCAAGCAACCAAUCAAUAAACAAGACUAUGGCUUCGCAAACCUAUCUUCCCAUUGUUUGGGCAUCACUCAAUUGACUGAUUCUCUCAAUAAUCAACCAACCUUUGGUCUGCAUCGACAUGUGUGCAGGACACAUCUGUAUUUCAAUAAAGUUUAUCAUGUCCCGAUGGUAGCGGCCGUCCCAGAGCCUAAUUGUCUUCAGUCCUCAGCAGACGAUCGUCAGCCAGCGACUACCAAAGCAGACACCGGCUUGACAGAGCAAGACAGUAGUGUGUCCCCACAAGACAACGACAGUCAGAAACCGAGCAAAGAACAGAUACUAAUCAUGUAUGAACGGCUUGUGCAGGAGUUGCCCAACUUCCUGGAAGACUCUCACGACUUCAGCAUGUAUGCCAACUCAGUCGAGUUUGAUAACAGGAUUAUGAAAUUCAAAACCAAAGGACUGCCGGCAUACAAAGCAAGUGUCCACGGAAUGAGGUAUCUGUGUGCUGCUUACAUCAAUGGUUCAAGCAUGGAGGUACUACGCAUCACAGCUGAGCUAGAACUAGGACAAAUACAGGCUAGAUGGAGGGUGAAGGGUGUACCACUGCACAGCUAUGUCAUCAGACCAUGGAGGCGUAAACACCCUGAUAGAUACUUUGAUGCUUUCUCCACGUUUGAACUUGGAAUGGAUGGUCUCAUUCAUCGACACAAAAUGGACAAGGUGAUGCCGACACCAUCCGACAAAGUGAGAGCGCCCUCACUGGCGAUGCGGGUAGGUAUUGCCCUGGGCCUGGUGCGUAACCCUGCCCUGGCACCUGACUGUAUGGUACCCAAGCACCUGUCAUUUAUGCAACCUAAAGCCAGCACAGGGAAGCUAUAGUAGUCUGGUUCCUAGCCAGGUCUGAUGCAAAUGGUAGGUUUGUCUGUAUAGAACAUAGAGCUGUCAAUAACUACAGUAUGUCCCCCAAAAAGGGUCCGUCUGGCUGUUUUUGAAACCAUGAAGCCAAUUUUGAAAAAUUUUGAUUGUGCAGCUACCUCUUGUAUUCGUACGUGUAGUGAAAAGUCAUCUGUAUUGGAUUACACGCAUGCGUUUGCAUUGUUUGUGCAGAAUGAAAUGAAAUGCUCAUUUACUAGUCAAGUGUUUUGCUUUUAGCCGUAUCGGCUUUGAUAAUGCUGUAUAGGAUACACAGACAGAUUAAGAAAGCGCCCAGAGGGCAUCACUUUGUACAUCGAGUCAGCGCUCUAGUAAUGUAAUAUAGCUGUAUGGUUUGGACCCAUUUUGGGGGGCUGAAUUGUGUCAAUUUGUAAGUGGGUGUAAGCACGUUUACUAAAAAUACAAAUAACAGUUAAUAAUGUUAUUUUUAAACCUGCUUUUAAUCUCAGGAUUUUCUUUUUGUUGUAUAUCUUAACAUAAAAGUCCUUUUCCCUUGUAGAUUUCCUUGAAUCUCCUUUCAUUGGUUUUGUCUUCCCUGGUUUCUGAUAUUCAUAUCCAAAGAUUGUUGCUUUUUUUAAAAUAAAAAUUGUUUCAUUUCAUGGAAUAGUUAUUAAACAAUUCUUUAAAAGACAACUUAUAUAUAGCUCCUGUAGCCAAAUAAGCUUAAUGUAGUGACUUCAACUAAAACUAGAGCAUUGUGAAUAUUUUGAACCAAAAUAUAUUUCCCAAGUGAGUCAACUGAGAGCAAGAAUUGGCACAGAUGUGGAUAGUCCCAGCAGUGUGUGAGUGUAUUUUGUAAGUUGGUGACAGCUAUAGUUUAGGAAUAACAUUCUAAAUUAGAAGACAUCAACAAAAGAAAGAUGCAUGCUUUGGACUGUUGAAAUUGUCGGUACAUAGAUGUAUGUACAGAGUUUAAAUAAACAUGUAGAAGUGCCAAAAAAUAUAUAAUGUGGUUUGAUUUUCCUUUUAACUCGUUUGGCACAGGUGGUGUUCCUACAAACAUGCAGAUAUUCUGUGUACCAGUACUGUGUUGUGUAACUUCGAUAGAUUUCAUGGAAUUUGUGAACAUGAAAUUACUGUUUAUAUUUGUGCUGGUCCCAGAGUGCUAGCUUAGUGUCCUCGUAUUAGCUUCAAUCAUCACUGAUGAGUUGACUGUUAGCCUGGCAGUGCUCUCGUAUAGGAUUACCCCAGAAUGUCCAAGAAUGGGCAAAAUCCGCCCCACUGUGUAGACUAGUAGAUGCAUCAUAAGACUUCUAGUGAAAAACCAUUCUGAAUCAAUUGAAUAGAAUUCUGUGCACUCUGGGACCAUAUUUACUCAACUUGCCUCGGCUUGUUUAGUAAUGGGAGACUUUUGAGACCCUUGGUGGCAGCAGACACACCGGUCCUUUUCUAUUGCUUACUCAUAUUGAGCAUGCGCACAUCAGCUUCAGCAUGACGCAAACAAUUGAAAAAGACUGGUGUAUUUGCUGCCACCAAUCUGUCAAAAGUCUCCCAUUGCAGUGAAAUAAUCCUAUGUACACAUAGUUAUCUACUUGUGUGUUCUCAUGACCAACACAAGCUCAUUGGUUUGCGACUGUUUUCCUCUGUAUUUCUUUUUUUUAAUUUAAUUGAGAGUUUAUGAGUUUUUCAUCUGAGGAGUGCUGAACUUGUUUGUACCUACACUGAAAUAAAAAAAAAUUGUAUAUCUUUAUAUCACCAA